CUGCGCCGCCAGACCGCCGAGGUCAGGCGGCGCAUCGGGGUUGUUGGGCACCGCAGCUUCCUCUACGACGACCUCACCCCUGCCGAAAACUUGAACUACUACGCCCGUCUCUAUAGCAUCGGGAAUCGCGAGGCCCGCGUGGGCGCUGCCCUCGAACGUGUCGGCCUCUCUGCACGGGCCAACCACCGCGUUCGUACCCUGUCCAACGGCAUGCAGAAGCGGACGGCCAUCGCCCGCGCCAUCCUGCACGAGCCGGACCUUCUGCUGCUGGAUGAACCCGAGGCGGGACUCGACCGCGACUCGCGACAGAUGCUCAGCGAACUGCUGUCCGAUUGGACCUCCGGGGGACGCUCUGCCGCCCUCACCACCCACGAUGUCGAACUGGGUCUGGCCUGGGGCCAUCGGGCCGCGGUGCUAUCCGGCGGCAAGCUGACCAUGGCCGAGGGCGACGAUGAUGAUAUUCAGCAGGCUCUCGCGCGGUCCCUUUCCGGGGGAGUUGGUCUGUGA